GCACGGAUGACAAAACCAUGGGCGGGGAGGGGAUGUAGGGCACUCCACAAAAGAGAAAGGGAGAUUGUCAGGACGACAUGGUCGACUCUUCGAAGAAACUGAAGACCAAGGCCCCGACGAGUGUGGGGGAGAAACGAAAGGGAACCAGGGGGGAGCAACAUCGCCCGGGUACCAAACAUCCAACUGCGAAACAGAAGCGGCCUGCACCGGGACCUUCCUCGCCACGACCUCCCAUCAACAUCGAUGCCAGGUACUUCCUAGAGUACAAAGAUGGCGUCAGAACAAAGCGGGAGUUCGAGAUUAGCCCAGCGCAGGUCAUCGACCUCGGGGAGUGGGAGGAUUUGGACAACCAGUGGUCCCUGAAUCCCGUCCCCAUAGAAGGGAUCAAAGAAGCGAUGUGGUUAGCGUUCGAUAACAAAGAACAGUCAUACGAGUUGCCAACCUUGAAACUGGCACGGUUGGGGCUGCGAAAACCAACUCUCGGGGCCAAGGUUGUACGUCUGAAGCCGGAGGACUGCAAGGACGAGCUUUCGGGCCAAUACUACUACAAUGCGGUGUGUGGGCAUCACAACGCAGCUGCUGCCAGGUCACUGCUUUGCAGCAAGGUGGCCAAGAAGUACAAUUUCGAGCGGUGGCCGACACGUAUGGUGAACUUUUCGGACGACGACUUCGAAGAGUAUUUCCUUGUUAGUUCCCAGGACAACAAGGACCUCAAGGCACCUCCAAGACAGUUGAAACUGUCAAUGAAAGACAUUGGGUGGCAGUGGAAGCAUGACGGUUCCCUAAAGCUGUUAUGUAGGACUAUUGUGGGAAACAAGAACACGUUCGAAAAGGGUGCCGGCUCCCCCUCCUUGGCGAAGCUUGGAAAGCACACCAUGCAGGAAAUGGUGCAGUUGGUCAAGUGUGACCGCGUGUUGUUGCGGUUGUGGAAUUACUACCAAUUAAAGCACGAUAAGAGUCUGGACGUGGAUUGGAUCCAAAAGUACCCUUUCCUAAAAACAAAGUCUGCUAUCUUCAAACAAUUCGAAAGUCGAGGAUUGGAUGACGAUUUGUCGGAUGGUAGCACGAAAUACGUUUCUAACGCGGCGCUGUUCAAGGACAACUCGCCGUACAUGGUUUGCGCCAAGGACCACUCGAUCGAGGCAAUAGAAAAGUUGGUCGGCCACAGGAAGUUGACCCUCGAAUGGAGAAACAAGGUUCUCUCCGUGUUGACUGGGAGUAGAUUGAAGAGUCAGGAGAUCGCACUUGUCGAAGGCAUUGUGGACACAAAAUGGACAGACACGGGGGAUGUGACAUCCAUCACACCGUUCGACAACGACUCUUUGGAGGUAGACAUCUGGAGUGCAGAGAUGAAGGAAGCAGUGGCUGCCACAAAGAGCCACAAUGGAGGGCCCGACGAGACGGAGACGACGAACUCCAUCGAGAUCCGAUCUUCUUCAGAGGGGAGGGGUCGGCUAGGGAUUCUCGUGUCACUGGGAGAGGCAGCAUGUGUGGGGACAGAAGGGCAGUCGUCGGGAUUCGACACGGGUUCGCGAGAAGGGGCUGAAUUGGAUGGAAGGGAAGGACGGCGGAAAAUGGAGGAAGGGAAGGAAGGAGGAGAUGGGGAGGAAGAAGGGGAAGAAGGAAAGGAAGGACAGGAAGGGGGAGAAAGGAAGUUGAUUGAAUUGCUUGAAGGAAAAGAGGGUGCCAAACGGGACGUAGAUAUUGUUGACGACGAAGGGGAGGAGAGUGAGGACGAUGUCGGAUCUGGAGAGUCGCCUCACGAGUUCGGGCAAUUGUACGAAGAACAUCGCGAGGAUGAUAUCGAAUACGAUGUGACUGCAAUGGAAAUGGAGACCCAGAUGGUUAACGGUCUUUCGUCAGAACGUGAACACUAUGAGGUUCAACCACUUACGUUUAUCGCUGAUCUUAAACACCAGUUCGACUAGGUUUCCAUUGUUGUGAGCCCAUCUAAAGCAAGUCGCCGUAUAAACAUCG